ACAGCUCCAGAGCAACAGUUGCUCCUUCUCCUCAUCCAUCCAUCCAUCUUAUUCAAGCAUGAAGCAGUUUGUGGUUUUGGCCGUUCUGGCUGUGAUUGGCGGUUCUCUGGCCGCUCCUCGUCCGGAUGUCAGCCAUUUGGCUGGCUACAGCUACCAGGCCGGUGGCUACAACGGCGGCGGCGUGGUGGCCAACCAGGUCUUGAGUGCUCCCGUGACCACGGUGACCACCUCGUACCAGCCCACGGCAGCUGGCACUAACUACUUCAGCUCGGCCCCAUCUGUUGGCCAACUGAACUACGGCUCCUCUAGCUCCUCGGGUGUGUCUAACUACCAGGUUGGAAGCUCUGGAUCCUCAAACUAUCAGGUGGAAUCCUCCGGCAGUGGAAUUGUGAGCGACAGCAUCGGUCUGGCUGGUCUGCAGCCCGGACCCACCAUCAACUACAACGAACAGGAGUCGUACAUCAGCCAUCUGGCCAACUUCCAGCCCGCCCAGAUCAACAAGCACUUCUACUUCCACAGUGCUCCCGAGGAUCACGAUGAACAGCAGAUCGUCCGCUAUGUGAAUGUGGGCAGGCCUCAGAAGAACUACCGUGUGGUGUUUAUCAACGCACCCGCAUCGACCACUAGCAAGGCCAAGAUCAUUGCCAACGUGGCUCCCGUGGAGGAGAAGACCGCUAUCUAUGUCCUGUCCAAGAAGUCCAAUGCUCUGGAUGUCAGCGCCGAGGUGGUUACACAACGCCCGGUGGCCAACAAGCCGGAGGUCUUCUUCGUCAAGUACAAGACUCCCCAGGAGGCGGCUCAUGCCCAGCAGACCAUUCAGGCCAACUAUGAUGCUCUGGGUGGAUCCUCUGAGACCAGCAACGAGGGUGUGGUUCCCGUUUCCUCUGUGAUUGGCAGCCUGGGCGAUAAUGGAGCAUCCGGUGUGGUUACCGAUGCCAGUGGCAGCUUGAACAUCGUCGGCACUGGCGGAGUUCCCAGUGUGGAUGGUGGAGCCAACUACGAGGCCGAGGGAAGCCAGCGUCAGGUGAUCGGCACCGUGACCACCGGCACCAAUGCCCAGGCCACUUAUCUGCCCGUGAGGCCAGUGAGGAAGUAGAUGAAUCUUUUCUACCUUCAUCUCUAGCCCAAACACUCAUACACACCCACACCCACAAACACACACAAUGAUGGAGCCUCGAGGGAUUCGGACUGGAUGGGAAAGCCCCUUGGGUUUGGGGCCCAUAGCAGUGGAAUCCCGACGAGGAAACCUAUGCGAUUUUUCCUAUUUAGUUUUGCCAGCGGCAUUAAUUCAUAUUUUUUGUGAAUAUUUUUUUUUAAUAAAAUAUAAGAGUUCUCAUAGGCAUUC